AUGGCAAAAUUUGGUGAAAUAUGGAAUUGGAACAAAGAAGAAGAGAUUAGUUUAAUGUCCGAGUGUCUAAAGUCUUGUAGUUAUAUCGCAAUUGACACUGAAUUUCCCGGAUGCUUGAAAGAGACGACGAUUAAAGCGAGUGAAGAAGAUCGAUACAGAGACUUAAAGUUCAACGUCGACAGAACCAAACUUAUUCAGUUGGGUUUGACAUUGUUCGACAAAGGAGGAAGAAUCCGUGGCACAUGGGAGAUCAAUUUCUGUAAUUUCGAUGUCACAAAAGACGCAAGCAACGAGAAAUCUAUAGCGUUCUUGAGACGAAACGGCUUGAAUUUCGAGAAAAUCAGAGCCCAAGGAAUCCCAAUCGAAGAGUUUUUCAAACAAUUUUCUCAGAUUCUCAACAAGAAGAAAUUGAUUUGGGUUAAUUUCGAUGGAUCGUACGAUAUGGGUUACUUGGUUAAGGGUUUAACCGGAGGUGAAUCCUUACCAGAGACAUCAAAAGGUUUUAAGGAAGUGGUUGAGAGACUUGUCGGAGAUGUUUUCGAUGUUAAGAAGAUGUCUGGUCUAUGCAAAGGACUGAGUAGUCGUUACGGGUUACAGAGAAUAGCCGAUGAGUUUCAUAUUAAGCGUGUCGGGGAAGCUCAUCACGCCGGAUCGGAUAGCGAAUUAACCGCCCGUCUUUAUACAAAGAUUGCUCUCAUCUUGUAUCAUGACUACAAGAGGAAACGUUCUGAAACUGAUCAGGAACAACAAAAGCAACAUAUUCAAGAGCGUAUUAUUCAUCAUCAAGAUUACAAGAGAACGCGUCUUACUGCUCAGCAUCAACAUCUUCACGAGCUUAUGAUUCACCAGGAUUACAACAGAAUGCAUCUCAGAGCUGCUCAACAACAACAACAUAUUCAAGAGCUUAUGAUGGCUAGAUACUAUGUACCGCAACCGCCACCAUCGAGUAUGUUUGCUAGUUACCAUCCUUUUGGUAGUCACUUUGUAGUACCAAUACCGAGAUUGAACUAUGUAUGA